UGGAAACCAGAUGAUGGAUACCAUAUCGAACGUCUCACAAUCAGUCUUGGAGCCCUUAUGGAGUCGUCGGGGUCUCUGACAGUGAAUUCGAAAGACUUUUGACUGUGAGAUCUAUUCACCAAGGCGAAUCCGAUUGAUGUUGGCUCCGCUGUCGGUGACACAUUGGCCCCAAUUUUUUGUUUUCGUCAUGUCUCUGCUGCUGCGACGGAGCGCUGCCGGUUUCACCGGUACUUUUCGUCGCCGACGGUGGUCUCGGACGACGUUGACUUCGGACAGUGCAUCACGAUUGUCAUCGCUGCCACCACUAUCGGCAGAGCCUCUGCACUGGAACCGCGAAACAUCUGAACGUCGAUCCUAUGCUACCAACACGCCGAUCGUAAAGCAAGCCAAUGUUAUUUCGCUGACGGAUAUAGAAGAUCCCGCCAACAAUCCGUUCAACCGGGCCGCUCCCCUGCCGGAAGGAGUUAAAAUUCUUGCCAUUGGCGCUACCAUGGACGAUUUUGACGUUGCUUCUUUAGAGAGAGAAGGCGCCAAUGCCAUUUUUGUCAGUCACCCGCAGGCACGGGAACCCUUGGCCCAGCUGUUGACGCAACUGCCGGAGAUUGAAUGGGUGCACACUCGCUCGGCGGGCAUUGAUUUCGUCACAUCGCCUACACUCGAAUCCUGGAAGGGCAAGCUCACGAACGCCAAGGGUCAGUUCAGCAGUACGUUGGCAGAAUAUACACUCAUGGCCUGCUCGUUUUUUGCCAAAGACUUGCCGCGGUUGAUGCGCAACAAGAAAGUCAAGUGUUGGGACAAAUACAAUGUCUUGGAGCUCAGAGGUGCGACCUUGGGUAUAUUUGGGUACGGUGACAUUGGACGAGCUUGCGCGAAACUGGCGGCCGUGUACGGUAUGAAGAUCAUUGCGUUACGACGACACCCCAAGCCCGAUCCACUUUGUAAUGAAGUGUACGGCAACGACAAGGAUAGUUUGAAUCGCUUGUUUGCCGAAUCAGAUUACGUACUGUGCUCAGCACCUUUAACGGCCGAAACCCGCGGAAUGAUUGGUAAAGAACAGUUCGAUCAUGCCAAAGAAGGGGCCGUUUUUAUAAAUCUUGGACGGGGGCCGAUUGUCGAUGAAGUUGCCUUGACCGAUGCACUGAGUAACGGUAAACUCAAAGGCGCCGCAUUGGAUGUAUUCACGGUAGAACCGCUGCCGAAUAGCUCGCCUUUGUGGGAAAUGGACAACGUGCUGCUCUCACCGCACAACAUGGACCAAACCGCAACUUUCAUGCACGAAGCGACCGAGUUCUAUGUGGAAGAAAAUCUGCCAAGGUUUGUCCGGGGUCAGGAAUUGCUCAAUAUCGUCGACGCCAAGGCGGGAUACUAGGUAUUGCUAGAACAGCAACAUGAGGAUGCUUUUAACCUAUCUUACAUUAAUGUAAACGAAAAGAAACGGUUUU